AUGCGCGCUCUCGCGGCUGGCUGUCGCUUCCUGCAGCGCUCACGUACUACAAAAGCUACUGUGUCUACCAAUGCUUCAACUGUCGAUGUUAGAAGAAGAGACGUGGCUACAGACGCGUUCGUGUCGCGCCAUUAUCAGAUACAGAACCUCCAGGACGUGGCGGAUUUCUUGCACCGCAAGCGGUUGGCGGUGCGCGAGACGGAAUCGCACUUUAUGGUGCGAGACUGUCCCUUCUGUCAUGCUACACACGGUAAGGCAGACAAUCUCUUCAAGAUGUAUGUUCACAAGACUCAGGGCAUGUACAAGUGCCAUCGCUGCGGCUCGUCUGGCAGCUGGUUUGACUUUAAACGCAAGCUGCAAGGCAGUGUGGGCGUCGCUCCCGCAAGUGGUUAUAUAUCAGCAGGAAGCAGUGCUGGAGCACUGAAAAAUGGAGUGGAAGUGAGGGUCAUCCAGGUUUUGGACAAUGCGAAGGCCAUGGCCAUUCAGAAGAACCUGCUGGACGAAGUCGAGUUUAAGCCAGUGCUGGAAUACUUGACGGACGUUCGAGGACUCCGACUGGAUGUUUUGAGGAAGUAUUGCGUGGGCGCAAUCGAGCAGCCGUUUUGGGACCACGAGUCGGGCCAACGUAUCAAUGCACAGUGCAUCUCUUUCCCGUGGAUGGCGCGGCAAAUGGACAUAGACGCAAUGGGUGUCGUGUGUCACGGAGGAGAAGACAAGCGGAAAGCGGCAACUGAGGACAAGAAUUUGUAUAACGUGGUUCGGCUUAAGGUUCGUGCAGUAGACGACAAAGCGAAGCAACAGCUCGUACCGAAAGGAGGUAGUUGGGGUCUCUUUGGCUGGAACACGGUGCCUGCAGCUGCGAGCGAGCUGGUGCUGACUGAAGGUGAGUUCGACGCCAUGGCUGUGCACCAAGCAACAGGCAUGGCUGCAGUGUCGCUGCCCAAUGGCUGCCAGUCGCUACCGCCGAGCGUGUUGCCUCUUCUAGAACGCUUUAAGCGCAUUUACCUUUGGUUGGAUGACGAUGCCUCAGGGCAAUCGAAUGUCGAAAAGUUUGCGGCGAAGCUUGGCUUGACUCGCUCUUACAUUGUUCGCAUUCCUGCGAAAGCAGCUUCAUCGGUGAUAAAGGACGCAAACGAUGCCCUUCGAGCCGGUUUGGACCUGACAGCCAUUGUAAAUGCUGCCGAACGCAUACCACACGGCCAGAUCACCACGUUCGAGGAGCUGCGUCGUGACGUCUAUGAGGAGAUAGUGAAUCCCUUGAAAGCCUGUGGCGUGCAAUCGAGAGCAUUUCCAUCACUGAAUAGGUUGAUGAAGGGUCACCGCAUGGGCGAAGUGACGGUGCUUACAGGCCCUACUGGAUGUGGCAAAACAACACUGCUGAGUCAACUAUCGCUGGACUUGUGUGGUCAGGGCGUAAGUACGCUAUGGGGCUCGUUUGAGAUCAAGAACACACGCCUGAUGCACAAGAUGCUUACGCAGCUUGCACAGCGCAACCUAGGCGGUGACGUGAAUGCGUUUGACGCUGCAGCUGAUCGCUUCGAGGCUCUACCCAUGCACUUCUUGCGAUUUUUUGGAAGCACCGAUGUGGAUGAGGUUUUGGAUGCGAUGGAAUACGCUGUGUAUGCUCAUGAUGUGCAGCAUAUCCUGUUGGACAACGUGCAGUUUAUGAUGGCCGGACAAGGUCGCGGUUUCGACAAAUUUGAGCGCCAGGAUGCGGCACUAGACAAGUUCCGAAAGUUUGCUUCGAUCAAGAAUAUCCACCUCACGCUCGUCAUUCACCCGCGCAAAGAGCAAGAGGACCACGACCUUACGCUGUCAUCUGUGUUUGGUACGGCGAAGGCCACUCAGGAAGCAGACAAUGUUCUUAUUCUGCAACGCACUCGCGGCGAGACCAAGCUCGACGUACGCAAGAAUCGUUUUGACGGUACUUUGGGAUCAAUCCCGCUGAGAUUUGAUCCAGAUUCGGUUUCGUUGCGUGAGCUCGGUGCAGAAGGUAUGUCUGAGAGUAUUGCAGCUGUUGACCUCGAAGCUGAGAUGGAGCUAGCCCAAAAAGGGCGCAUGAGAAAGCGUGUUCGUGCGCAAGAGCACGUUGACCCUGAGCAAGUACGCGACUUACCGGACAUGCAACAAGAUGUUGUCGGCUCUAUGCUCGGAUACCACCAGUAUGUGGCAGCACCAGCGUCAGCUUUUCUUGAUACCCGCAAUCACGCCAACGGGUACAACGGCAGCCAUCGUUUGAAGGUCAACAAUGUCAGCUCUUUGCCCGGGCCUGAUGGUGACACCGGCACUGACGAUCAUCACGCCAACGAAAGCAACAGCGGCUCAGCCAGCGACAACGUGCCGCGUGCAUGCGGUGGUAGUGGUGGCGAGCCCUUUGCCGCAUUCACACCAAUUAUCUCGCGGUAG